CACGUACGGUCCGACCGUCCGAGCCAAUCCAGGAGCGCCGCCGAGCCCUCCUUCCUCCCGAUCAUUUCUCUCCGCCACCACCACCAGCCGCAAAAAAAUGUGCGGAAAGGGCCAGAACAACGGGCUCGCGUCGCCGGCGGGGACAAGCAGCACGGCGACCGCCAUCGUCGUUCUCGCGUCGCUGCUCCUCGCGGCCUCGGUCGCUGUCUUCCUUGUGUCGCCGCCGGCGCCGGCGGCUGCGGAUGGGAAGCCCCCUGAGCCGGUGGAGCUCGCCAUCGGCGUCGCCGGGCACGAGGGCUGGCUGGACGCGCUCCGGGCGUGGGCCAAGCUGGCGUGUCUCAGGCUCCGCCCGCUCGAGCCAAGGUGUGAUCUGAGGAGCCCGGGGUCGAUGAAGAAGGCGGCCAGGCAGAGCCUGGCGAUGGGCAAGGAGGCCGUGGAGCACACGGCGGUGUCCGCCGCGAGGGCCGCCGAGGAGACCAUCGGGAGGACCACGGAGAAGGUGCGGAGGAAGGUCUCCUCGCCGUCGCCGUCGCCGUCCGCGCCACGCGCCGAUGGAGACCUGUGAUCCGCAUGCAGGUCGACGCAAGCGCCAAAAUUUUGCCUGCGAGCUGUAUCCCCGUCCACACCGCUCUCCUGCUUCACUGUAUGUACCUGUAGCUUUCUACUAUUGCGAGAAGAAAAGAUGUUGUAACGUGCUGUGAAAUGUGUAUGCGUAUCCUUCGAUUCUGCCUUUGUCUGUGCCUUGCUUGUGAAUAUGAGACGUCAAAGGAAU